CACUGCGUGAGCUGCUGAAACAAAAAUCACAGGUCCUGGGAAAGCCUACUGCCGCACAGAUGGAUCCCAAAGAGCAGCCCCGAGCUGCCCAGCGGAACAGAAAAGAGACCUCAGAGCAGUCGAAGAGAGAUGAGCCACCCCAAGAGAAACUCCAGGGGGCUGUGGGGGGAUCUGCCCGCUCUGGGCCUAAGAGGGCCAGGAAGGUGCCGGUGCCUCCCACAGAGGCCAGUGGAACCCAGCAUCAGGAAGGAGCCCAAAAAAGGACCAACGGCAACAUCCUCACGAAGCCCGGGGACAUCAAGCGCAAGAAGCGGAAAGCUGGGGGUACAGCUGUGGUCUCUGCCCCCGCCCCACCCACUGAGGAGGACAUCUGGUUUGAUGAUGUGGACCCAGUCGACAUUGAGGCUGCCUUGGGCCCAGAGGCAGCCAGGGUAGCGAGGAGGCAGCUCGGGCAGAACGAGAGCAGCGUCUCCCUGGAGAAGGAGCAGGCCUUUGACGGAGCUUUGGUUCCCAGCCUGACUAAAGCCUUGGCCUUGGACUGCGAGAUGGUGGGCGUGGGCCCCAAGGGGGAGGACAGCAUCGCUGCCCGCGUGUCGCUCGUGAACCAGUAUGGGAAGUGCGUAUACGACAAGUUCGUCAAGCCGACGGAGCCUGUGACGGACUACAGGACAGCCAUCAGCGGGGUGCGGGCCGAGCACCUCCAGCAGGGCAAGGAGCUCAGCGUUGUGCAGCGUGAAGUGGCAGCCAUGCUGAAGGGCAGGAUCCUGGUGGGGCACGCGCUGCACAAUGACCUGAAGGUGCUGUUUCUUGAUCAUCCCAAGAGGAAGAUCCGGGACACGCAGAAGUACAAGCCUUUCAAGCGGCAGGUGAAGAGCAGCAGGCCAUCUCUGAAGCUGCUUUGUGAGAAGAUCCUGGGUGUCAGAGUCCAGCAGGAAGAGCACUGUUCGGUCCAGGACGCCCAGGCAGCAAUGAGGCUCUAUGUCAUGGUGAAGAGGGACUGGGAGAGCGUGGCCCAGGACAGGCGGCCCCCGGCCAGUGCCCAGGACCGCCGCAGUGAGGACACAUAGUUCCCACCCUCCGCCCUGUGGUGGCACCUCGACACCCCCAGCAUGGGACCAGAUCAUGGGACCAGUGUCUCCCAAAAGAAGCACGUCUGGCGAGCCGCUUUCAAGGCCGAGGGUGCAGGGCAUGAGCCACGGGACGGGUGUGCAGGAGAGGACACGAGGUGUGUGUCCCAGGCAUGGCCAACAGGUCAGGUGUGCAGGAGAGGGACACCUAGCUGCUGCCGUUGCUUUGAUGAGCUCUGGGGGGGUUGGCCUGGUGCUCAGGUAGCUGCCCCGAGGCCACUUUGCCCUCUUAUCAUGGAUGAGGGGAUAGGCUGUGCCAGACCACAGGGACCCAGACCAGGUGCCUGCAGCAGCCACUGGUACAGCAGCUGCCUCACUGCGGACUGGACUUUGCUGAGGCUACGGGACCCUCGAGAGGGACUUUGUGGGGGCGGGCUCUGCCCUCCAUUUACUGCAGGUGACCCAGGGUUGCCACAGAUGGGCACCCAGCAGAGACUUGCACCAGAACACCCAGACACUGGCACCGAAGCAGUGCCUCCCCUGGUCAGAAAGGCUGUGGGCUCCAGCAGGCCAGCCAGGCACAUGCUGGCGGGGCCUAGGGGCUGGGCUGGGCUGGGGUGGCGUGGCCGUUACACUGACAGGGACUGAAGCCCAAGCCAGCCAUCUGCCUGCUGUGGGGACCCUCCAGGCCGACACUGACAAAGGCAGCCAGGUGCUACAGGAGGGGGGUGUGGGCCUGCGCAGGAUAUGCAGGGCUCUGGGUCUCAUCCCCAGCACACAAAUAAACACUGGGCACUGUG